AUUGUUGUACAUUUUUCUUUUGGCGCCAUAACGACUCACCAAUGUUCGUUCUGCGUACCUAAUUCCGCAGAACAUAUUAUAAUCAGCACCUAAUGCGUUAUGUCACUACCUACGUGCCCUUUACCGUUUGAUAAUAGCUUGGUAACGCUAGCGUCGCUGCUACAUUUACGAUUCGACGAGAGGUGAAAACUUGGAGAACACCGGUUCCGCUGGAAUAUCACUUGCUAGACGCUGAAUCGUGUUUGUUUUUUCGCCGAUCAACAGGCCACGGCCAUCUCUUAAACUCUUCGACGCGAUUACGAUAAUAUACAGAUAUUAAAAUGUGGGGUACCGAUACAAAUGAUGAAGGUGGAUUUAAUGUCACUAUGACACAAAGUCCAGCCUCUGGACCAGAAUUAAAACAGAAUACUGUAAUUCCUGUCACUAUUCGUGAACUUCUAAGCAGUGAUGAAGAAAAUAAAAAUACUCAUGUCAUAGUUGUUGGUAUCAUCAAGCAGGUUGAAACGCAGACUUUAAAAAAUAUGUUUACAAUUGAAGACAAUACUGGUAUUUUGUUGUGUAUUCAAUGGGGUGAUGAAAAUGAACUUUCGAGAUACCCAAAACUGAUUGAAAAUGCAUAUUUUAAAGUAGUCGGCAGUAAAAGAAUACAAAAUGAUAAAGUGACAUUGCUUUGUCAUAGUGUGCGACCGAUAGAAACUCUUGAUGAAAUAACACAUCAUUUAUUAAGUAUUAUAGCCUUGCCAUUACAAAUCGAAGAAAUCAAUAUGGCAAACAAUGUACCACAAUCAAUUGGAACAAACAACAGCAACUUUUCUGUAAAUGAUAAUAAUAGUUUAGGAUUAAUUGAUACAACCAACAGCUUAUCCCUGAAUCCAAAGCAAUUAAAAGUUUACACAGUGAUUAAGCGGUGCCAAGAUGAGGCUGGUUACUCAGCAUCAGAUAUACAAAAGAUAAUUCCUGAGAAAAUGUCUUUAACAGAAAUAGAGAAAAUCCUAUCAUUUUUUAUUGAAGAAGGACAUAUUUUCUCUACUAUUGAUGAGAACCAUUACAAAGUCACAGAUUUUGGAAAUUAAUCGUAUAAUUUAUAAUAUUUUUUUACAUUGAUUUAAAAUCAGAAACUGUUAAAGAUUAUAUUUAAGAUUAAUAAUU